AUGGCGUCCAUCUCGCGGAAUCUCCGGCGAUCCCUCGCCCCGGACCGCCUGCGCCGCCUGCUCCUCCUCUCCCAGCACCCGCGGGAGUACGUGACGGCGGAGUGCCACCGCCCCGUCGUCCUCCACAAGCGCGGCCCCGACAUCCUCCACGACCCCUGGUUCAACCGGGGCACGGCGUUCUCGAUGACCGAGAGGGACCGCCUCGGCCUCCGCGGCCUGCUCCCGCCCAACGUCGUCUCCUCGCAGCAGCAGAUCGACAGAUUCAUGCUUGAUCUGCAACGGCUUCAGAGAUACGCUAAAGAUGGGCCAUCUGAUACUUAUCCACUGGCAAAAUGGCGCAUCCUUAACAGAUUGCAUGACAGAAAUGAAACGAUGUACUACAAGGUACUAAUAGAUAACAUUGAGGAGUAUGCGCCUAUCGUUUACACACCAACCGUCGGGCUUGUUUGCCAAAACUACAGUGGUUUGUUUCGACGGCCUAGGGGAAUGUACUUUAGUGCAGAAGAUCGUGGGGAGAUGAUGUCCAUGGUGUACAAUUGGCCAGCUGAUCAGGUUGACAUGAUAGUGGUGACUGAUGGAAGCAGGAUAUUGGGCCUUGGUGAUCUCGGGGUGCAUGGUAUUGGCAUUGCUAUUGGAAAAUUGGAUUUAUAUGUUGCUGCUGCUGGAAUAAAUCCUCAAAGGGUACUUCCUGUUAUGAUUGAUGUCGGAACGAACAAUGAGAAGCUCCUUAAGGAUCCUCUUUAUCUUGGGCUACAAGAGCACCGCCUUGAGGGAGAUGAAUAUGUCUCAGUUAUUGAUGAAUUCAUGGAGGCUGUUUUUACUCGCUGGCCUAAUGUUAUCGUACAGUUUGAAGAUUUCCAAAGUAAAUGGGCGUUUAGGUUGUUGCAGCGUUACAGAAAGACUUAUCGCAUGUUUAAUGAUGAUGUUCAGGGAACUGCUGGUGUCGCAAUAGCAGGCCUUUUAGGAGCUGUACGGGCACAAGGGAGGCCAAUGAUAGAUUUCCCAAAGCAAAGGAUUGUUGUUGCUGGCGCUGGCAGUGCUGGUAUUGGAGUGGUGAAUGCUGCAAGCAGAACCAUGGCAAGAAUGUUGGGAAACAAUGAGGUUGCUUUUGAGAGUGCGAGGAGUCAAUUCUGGAUAGUUGAUGCCCAUGGCCUAAUAACAGAAGACCGAGAAGAUAUCGAUCCAGAUGCACGGCCUUUUGCUAGGAGAAAGAGUGAGCUUGGUCACCAGGGCCUAAGUGAGGGGGCAAGCUUAGUUGAAGUGGUUAAAAAGGUGAAGCCUGAUGUCAUACUUGGAUUAUCUGCUGUUGGUGGUUUGUUCUCGAAGGAGGUUCUAGAGGCACUAAAAGAUUCAUCCUCUUCGAGGCCAGCAAUUUUUGCGAUGUCCAAUCCAACUAAGAACGCUGAGUGUACACCUGGGGAAGCAUUUUCAAUUCUAGGUGAAAAGGUCAUCUUUGCUAGUGGGAGCCCAUUUGAUGAUGUGGAUCUUGGUGAUGGGAAGAUUGGCCACUCCAAUCAAGGGAACAAUAUGUACCUCUUUCCUGGAAUAGGGCUUGGAACCCUUCUGUCUGGUGCUCGGGUUAUCUCUGAUGGAAUGCUGCAGGCUGCAGCAGAACGUUUGGCUUCAUACAUGAAAGAGGAGGAGGUUCUCGAAGGGAUAAUUUAUCCUCCAAUCUCCAGGUUUUAUAAUUCUAAUCUGAUCUUCCUGUUUGUGUUGUAUGCUAUGCCUUCUAUUCUAAUAUGUCCUACAUGCAGAAUACGUGACAUCACUAAGGAGGUGGCAGCGGCAGUUGUGAGGGAGGCAGUAGCAGAGGAUCUAGCUGAGGGAUACCGUGACAUGGAUGCAUAUGAGCUUGCACGACUCAGUGAGGUGGUUAAUCUCUUCAUUUCCCAAGCAAAUUAUGUUAUAGUCUUAUUAUGGCCUUUUUUUCACCUUGAAGUCAUGGUGAUGCAGGAAGAAACUAUUGAAUAUGUCAAAACGAACAUGUGGAGUCAUGUCUAUCCAACAAUAAUAUACAAGAAGGACUAG